AUGCCCCGAGAGCACAGGAAACGAGGCAAGAAGCACAAGAAGCAACCUCAAGAAGAUCAAAUCUACAACCACGAAGAGGAACAGGAUCUCGAGCCAGAACCUCUGCAGCAGGAACCCAGCGAACCUUCCUGGAUCGUCUCCUCUUCCAGAACCCAGCAGGAAGAAAUCAACCGUGAAGCGCCUUUCGGAUACGUCGAUGUCGAUGUGAAGACAUAUUUCAGGACGGUGGAUGUUCAAAUACGGGACUGGCAAGAUAGCCAAGACGAAGUUGCAGAGGAGGAUGUCGAUCCUAAUGAACAAAAGCGCUUAUUCUUUGUUGCCGCCUUGAAUGAGAUGCUGGGCAAAGAAAAACAGCUCGCAACAGAUCCAGAGUGCUCAGUUAUUUUGGAACGAAUGACUUAUUCUAUGGAUGACUUCGUCCGAAGGGUUUUCUUCGACACUUUGGCGGGUUCCUACGAACAACUCGCGCGACACAGAUUUGCAUCUCAUGUUUGUCAAACUCUGCUAACCGUCGCCCGAGACACCAUUGCGAGAGAGACCAAAGGGAUCAUGCCCGCUGUUGAGGACUCCCCGGACAAAGGCGAACUUCGUUCACUAACUCAUCUCGUGUUAGACUUCUGCGAGGAACUCCUUCCGAACUUCCCAACCCUUGUCUUAGAUCCCUUCGCAUCUCACGUUGUCAGGAGCUUGCUCUUGCUGCUAUCACCAAAUCUUGCCGCCUUGGAGAAUACACAAUCGGCCGUUCGGUCGAAGAAAAGUUCGACAUGGAAGGAGAAGCAAGGCCAGAUGAAGUCUGUGUUUGUUGAUGAUAAGGGCAAGGGAAAACUGCAGGAGACUGUCUCUAAGAACUGUCCUCCAGAGUUCACAAAGAUGGCCAGACGCCUCGUUGAGGCCGUCACUACAGAACUCGAUGACAAUGAUACCCGUGCGAUGGCCGCGAACCGAGUUGCUUGUCCUGGGUUGAAGCUGUUAUUGGAGGUCGAAGCUGAUCAAGGCAUGUCCAGUGAACCCGGCUCUUUGAUGGACCGGGUGACUGUGGGUGUCGUCUCAUCAUGUCGCAAUGGGGAUUCUUCCAACGUUGAGGAAUCCGACUACCUCGGCAUGCUUCUGCGCGAUGUGAAUUCGUCUCAUGUUCUAGAAACAGUUGUUUCUCGCUGUCCGGAUGAUGUUUUCAACGUUUUAUGGAGAGUCUAUUUCACGGGAAAGCUUCCUCGACUUGCAAAUCACCCCGUAGGCAACUUCGUGCUCGCAAAAGCCGUUGAAAGGGUGUCGGAGGAACAGUUGUCCGAAGUCUUCCAAGAGUUGGAAGGUGUAUGGGGGAAAUCGAUCCGGACUGCGAGGACCGGUGUAUUGCGGUCUGUGGUCGACAGAACUGCCUCUUUCCCUGCUUUGGGACGGUCGUUGUCGGAGGCGGUUUCAUCAGCCUUCGACAUCGGCGCCUCAGAAAAUAAGCAAUUGCUCGCCUCAUGCAUCCUCACCCUCCACACCCUCCCAGAUUAUCAAGCCGCAAUUGCGAGCAAAACUUGCGAAGAACCUAACCCACCUCCAUCUUCUCAUCAUGGAAGGCGGCACACGCAAACUACCUCACACCCACUCGAACAAAAGGUGCAAGGUAGCUUAUUGCUUCAAUCUUUGCUCAGACUCCCGGAACCAAAUAAUCAAUUCAUAAUCGACAGUAUCCUUUCGCUACCAGUUGAAGAGCGUAUCAAGAUUGCCCACAACGCUGCUGGUUCUCGUAUAUACGACGUCCUGCUUGAUGCGCCCACGGUACCAGCGAAGACAAAACGACAAUUUAUAAUGGACUUCAUCGGCCACUACCACCUGCUCGUAGACGACAAGCUAGGAAGCCGAGUAGGCGAUCGGUGUUGGACAUUUUCUGAUACUUAUCUUAAAGAAAAAAUCGCUCGGUCUCUCAUUUCGAACGAACAAGAUCUUGCAGCAUCUUUCUUUGGCAAAUUUUUCGCGCGAAACCUGAAUUUAUACCUGCUGCAAAGGCGCCCUGACGAAUGGCGGAACAUGCAGUCGGAAAAGAAGCGAGUCUCUGAACCAGAUCUUUCUAAACUAUGGCCUACGCAAAGUGGAGCUUCGUUGACACCCCUUGAAGAAUCACCCGCGCUGUUAGAUAACGACAAGAAGCGGAAACGCAAGUCGCGGCCUAGGGACGAGAUUGAUGAACUUUUCAGCUCUGCGCUGGGCAAGAGGUCGAAGAAGGCGGCUCUUGCUGAUGUACCGCUCACUCGUGCUGCCAUCACAAAGCCAUCGAAAUCGAAGGACGAGCCGACGGAUAACAGCCUAGAGCAGGUUAUUGGUGCCAUCCGAUCUGCACCGAAAUCUGACUUCCACCAGAAGAAGAGACGGUAG